AUGUCUCCUUCUCUGGAAGAAGAGCAGCUGGCAUGGAGCAGGAUUCGAGAAUACUGCAUGGAUGCCUUUUCCGAAUUCUUUGGAACAAUGGUCCUCAUUCUCUUUGGCGAUGGUGUCGUUGCACAGGUUGUCUUGAGCGGUAGCACCAAGGGUGACUACCAGAGCAUCUCCUGGGGCUGGGGAAUUGCCGUCAUGUUCGGUGUCUUUGUUGGCGGUAAAUCUGGUGGCCACCUCAACCCAGCGGUGACUUUCGCCAACUGUCUGUACCGCGGCCACCCCUGGCGCAAGUUGCCCGUCUACGCCCUUGCUCAGCUUCUCGGAGCCAUGGUUGGUGCCGCCAUCGUGUAUGGCAACUAUAAGUCGGCUUUUGAUGCCUUUGAGGGCGGCGCGGGAAUCCGGACGGUGACUGGCCCUACAGCAUCAGCCGGGGUCUUUUGCACAUAUCCUGCCCCUUUCAUGACUCGGACAGGCAUGUUCUUCUCUGAAUUCAUCGCCAGCAGCAUCCUCAUGUUCUGUAUCUUUGCUUUGGUUGACCCCAACAAUGUCAAUGCUGGACACAUGAUGCCCCUUGCUCUUUUCUUCCUCAUCUUUGGUAUCGGUGCUUGCUUUGGCUGGGAGACGGGUUAUGCCAUCAACCUCGCUCGUGACUUUGGUCCUCGACUGGUUUCAUACAUGAUCGGAUAUGGCCAUGAGGUCUGGUCUGCCGGUGGCUACUAUUUCUGGAUUCCCAUGGUAGCCCCAUUCUGCGGCACCGCCUUUGGCGGGUUCUUGUACGACGUUUUCCUCUAUACGGGAAACAGCCCUAUCAACACUCCGAUGCUGGGCCUUACGCGCCUAUUCCGGCCUCGCAAGAACGUGUGGUCCAACACUCGUCCCUCAGCCAUUGACACCAAAGUCUAA